AUGGUGAGGGAGUUGUUUAAUGUGGCUGAUCAACAGAGUAUUUGUUCUUUACCAAUUAGUAAAUUUCCGAAAGCGGAUUCUUGGAUGUGGCACUAUACAGCUGACGGGACUUAUUCAGUGAAAAGUGGAUACUUUGUGGCGUCGCAGUUGGAUCAAUUUGAUCCUUCCCCUUCUAAGAGUUGGUUCGCAGUAUGGUGGAAAGAGUUUUGGAAAAUUUCUUUGCCCAAGAAAGUUUUAAUAUUUGUUUGGCGUGGGUUUCAUGAUGCUCUCCCUACGUAUGUCGGGCUUCAGAAAAGGAAAGUGGUUGAUCAUACUAAUUGUCCAAUAUGUGGUUUCAGUGUGGAUUCAAACAGUCAUGCUGUGUUCCUAUGUCGUGGUUUUAAGAAAAUUUGGAAGGAAUUGCGUGUUUCUAUGCUGAAUAACCUCUCUAUGGAUAUCUCAUUCAAACAAAUAGUUCUGAAGGCUUCGGAGAUACUAUCUAGAUCUGAGUACGAGUUGUUCCUAGUUGCGGCUUGGUAUAUUUGGAGUGAAAGGAACCAAAUUGUCCAUGGUCGCAAAGCCAACCCUUCUGAUGUUGUGGUCUCACAAAUAUUUAAGUUGUUUAAUGAGUACAGUCAAUGUUCGAGGCAGAAUGGUAUGGCAAAGGGAUCCACAUGCUUAUCUCCAGAACGAUGGGUUAAGCCGCCUUUGGGAGCGUAUAAACUAAAUGUUGAUGCGUCGUUGGAUGUUAAUUCUAACACUAUUGGCAUUGGGGCAAUAGUUCGAGAUACUACUGGAAAUGUGCUGGGAUGUCUAUGUAGAUCCUUAUUAGGAAAUUUUACAGUCAUAUUAGCAGAAGCUGUUGCAUUAAUGGUUGCGCUGGAUUGGUCUCUCACUCUUGGUCUUCCUCUUCAUGUGGUGGAGUCAGAUUGCUUAGCCUUGGUUUCGGCUCUCCCAAAGCGUUUUUCCCUUUGUAAUGAACUUGGUUCUUUAUUGGAUGAUAUUGCUAGUUUGCUUUCCAGUUUUCCUGAGGCAUCCCUAAUUCAUGUUCGUCGUACAGCCAACAAGGCUGCUCAUGAAUUAGCUGUGCAUGCACUUAGGGUGGAUGGUGAAUUGGCUUGGAUUGAGGAUUUUCCCUCUUUUCUUAUUGAUGUAUUAAGCUCUGAUUGUUGUUAA